UGCUUGUGGUGGGAGUGAAGAAGAGAAGCUGAGAUUCUCAUGUGAUUUCUUUGAUUCCACCAAUUGUGACUUUAAAAGAAACCUGUAAAAGACCCCACAGCUGUAGAAAGAGCAAAUUUGCUGAAUAUGGCUAAAUUGAGUAUCAAAGGACUGAUUGAAUCAGCUCUGAGCUUUGGCCGUACUCUGGAUUCUGACUAUCCACCUUUGCAACAGUUCUUUGUCGUUAUGGAGCACUGCCUUAAACAUGGUCUUAAAGUAAGAAAAUCUUUUCUAAGUUACAAUAAAACAAUCUGGGGCCCACUGGAACUUGUGGAGAAGUUGUACCCAGAAGCUGAGGAGAUAGCAGCUAGUGUCAGAGAUUUACCUGGCCUCAAAACACCAUUGGGCCGUGCCCGGGCAUGGUUACGACUGGCGUUAAUGCAAAAAAAAAUGGCUGAUUAUCUACGCUGUUUAAUCAUUCAAAAAGAUCUCCUCAGCGAAUUUUAUGAAUAUCAUGCAUUGAUGAUGGAAGAAGAAGGAGCCGUUAUUGUUGGGCUGCUGGUUGGAUUAAAUGUGAUAGAUGCUAACCUGUGUGUGAAGGGAGAAGAUUUGGAUUCACAAGUUGGUGUGAUUGAUUUCUCUAUGUAUUUAAAGAACGAAGAUGAUAUUGGGAGUAAGGAAAGAAAUGUCCAGAUUGCUGCAAUUUUGGACCAAAAGAAUUACGUUGAGGAACUGAACAGACAACUAAAUAGCACAGUCAGCAGCCUUCAUGCAAGAGUUGAUUCAUUAGAGAAGUCAAACACUAAACUAAUUGAAGAGUUAGCAAUAGCAAAAAACAAUAUAAUUAAACUUCAGGAAGAAAAUCAUCAGUUAAGAAGUGAAAACACACUUAUUUUAAUGAAAACACAGCAUCACCUAGAGGUAACGAAAGUAGAUGUUGAGGCAGAGCUUCAAACGUACAAACACUCUAGACAGGGUCUGGAUGAAAUGUACAAUGAAGCACGCAGACAACUUCGAGAAGAAUCACAGUUGCGGCAGGAUAUAGAAAAUGAGCUAAUGGUUCAAGUUAGUAUGAAACAUGAGAUAGAACUUGCAAUGAAGUUGUUGGAGAAAGAUAUUCAUGAGAAACAAGACACCCUCAUAGGCCUUCGACAACAGCUAGAUGAAGUUAAAGCAAUUAACAUAGAAAUGUACCAGAAGUUGCAGGUUUCUGACGAUGCCAUGAAAGAAAAGAAUGAAAUAAUUGGUCGACUAGAGGAUAAAACCAAUCAGAUUACAGCAACUAUGAAACAAUUGGAACAAAGAUUGCAGCAUUCAGAGAAGUCUCAAAGGGAAGCUGAGAAUGAAGAGAAGAAAUUCAAACAAGAAUAUAUGAAUAAAUCUGAAAACCUGCAGAAAGAAGUCUCCCAAAAGGAGAAGCAGCUCGUUCAACUAGAAACAGAUUUGAAGAUAGAAAAAGAAUGGAGACAAGCUAUAGAAGAUGAUCUGCAAAAGGAAAAAGAAACGUUAUGUCAUCUGAGAGUAGAGACCCAACAAAUCAUUUGUCUUAAAAAAGAAUUCCUUAAACUACAGGACAAAAAUGGGCAAUUGAAAAAGAUAUGUCAUGACCAAGAAGAAGCUCUCCAAGAACUGGCCUGCAAACUUAGGACAGGUUUGGCUGAAAGACAAAGAGGCAACACACUGCAAGUUAUGUGAAAAGGAAUUUUCUCUUUCCAAAAGGAAGGUAACUCUGGGUAGAGAUCUAUAUCAAUUCCCAUUUUUUAAAUGUCAUAUGCAAAGAACGUUUAAUUGACUACUCUUAGAUGUACAAGAGAGACAUGAUUAAUACAUAGUUAUUUAAGGGACAUUUCCUAAAAUGCUUAUAUUUGAACUUUUCUGACUGUGUGUGUUUACAUACACACAGGCCCUAAUUCUACAAGAUGUUCCAUGUGGGAAGAUUCCUGUGUCUGCCCAGAGCCCCACUCAUGACCUCAGGGGUUUGCCUGUGCAUUGCACCUAGGGUCUGACCCUUAAAUCACUUUUUAAGUGCUCUGAGAUCUGUUAUUGUCUCAAGUAAACUAUUACAGUUGGUGGGAGAUAUGCAUGUGUACCGUACUUUACAAGUAUUUGCAAUUCAUAUUUAUACAAAAGACUAAGGAAAUAUGAAUUAAUAUCCUGGAUUUUAAAAACAGCGUGUGGACAGUUGUAUUUGUGCAUGCACAUUUUCUGUUUCUAAAAUUAAAUUAUCCCAGCUAUUUUACUUUUUUGGGUAAUAUCCCUAUAGCCAGGGCUUGACGAACCGCGACGAAAGCCGCUCGCCAGUCCUGCACUGCGCAUGUGCAAGAGCUGCAUUGUGCAUGCACGCGCUGCCGGUAAACGGGGUGCUGGGCUGAAAUCUACUCGCCACGGGCAAGUAGAUUCAAUAGAUUGUCGAGCCCUGCCUAUAGCUAUCCAGAAUCUCAUCUAGUAGAUCAUUUUCAAAUCAAAUCUAUAAGUGACUUCUACAAAUGUAAUUCUAUCAUAUUAUUUUACAGCAUGCAUUGCUCUACAACUCGAAGAGCAAAAUUAAGCCCCAGGUAGUAGUAACAUUAUUGAUAGUGCAUUUUCAUUUGAUUUUGAUAAUUUUAGUUGUACCUCACUUAGGAAAGGGGAAUAAAAUUAAGGGUUGAUAGAUUGGUUAGCCUGUCCAGAAAAGAAUUACAGAUUGGGGCUUUUCAUGUGUUAUUCCUUCACGUUUACAGAACAGCCAUCCCAUUUCUUAUUUAGAAUUUAAAAGUUUAAUUUCAGAGUUCUGUUUCUGUAUUUGUUAGAACAGUUGAUUUAAAAUAUAACAACACUUUCUGUGUGUAAUUUAAAAUAUCCUUUGGUUUCUCCAUCUUUAUUUAGCAUCAUUGUAGAAAUUGUGGUGAAAUUUUCUGUAACGCCUGUUCUGACAACGAAUUGCCUCUGCCAUCCUCGCCAAAGCCUGUACGAGUCUGUGAUUCCUGCCAUGCAUUUCUUAUACAGAGAUGCUCUUCUAACAUGCCAUAAGGUUCCUCUACAAAAUAUUUAUGAACUGUUGCUAUUUAACAUAUUAUAGAAAAGAUAUAAUGUAAAGUAUUAACAUGUAUAUUUCUGGAAUACAUGUAAGCAGUUGAGAUUUGGAUUAUCAAAAUAUACUAAGGUCUGGUAUGCACUAAGUUAGGCUGACAUAAGCCACCUUGUAUUUACCUAAUUGUGUAUGCGUUUACACUUAGGCCAUGUCUACACAGAGAGAUAAGGUCCAAAUUAUUAAGGUCGAUUUUUUAGCAGCUGAUUUUGUAAAGUUGAAGGUGUGUGUCCCUAUUGUGAGUAAGAAUUCGAUGUAGUUCGAAGUAACACAUCUCCAAUAGUAUGACUGCCUUCAACUUUGAGAGUGAUGCACUGU